CAUAAAAUGUUGGAGUACCUAAGUACGAGCAGUUAAUGUGCAGUGUUUUAAGUUCGAGCGUCGUUUUCGUGACAUAGGUUGAUAGGAUAAUAUAAAACAUUGUUCAAUGCGGUUUUGAUUGUAUAAAUAAGAGAUCUAUUUAUAAGAAAAUAUUCAACGUAUAUAACUCUGUAAUUUUAUAAUUGUUCAAGUUUAAAUCUAGAACUUAACCUACAUAUCUUUUAGAAAAUAUUAAAUAUGUAUUUAUCUUUAAUCACGAAUUUUAAACAUUAUUAAUUUUAUCUAUACACUAAGAAUAUUUUAACUAAAUGAAAAGGUCGUUAACAUUUCGUAACAACUUAUUAAUUAACGAAUUUGAAAAAAAGAAAUUUUUCGUGUUUAAAAUUUAGAGUGCCAAAUAUUCCUAGAAAAAUGUUAAUGUUUUAAUAUUACACUUAAUCUUAACACUUAAUCAUUAACACUUAAUCUAAUGUUUAAAAUUCUUAAUUUAAAGUACUGAAUAUCAAAGCCUUCAAAAAAUUGUAUUAAAGAAAUUUUAUUUUAACAUUUACAUUAUGAUAAGGAGUGGAUAACUAAUUAUAAAUGUUGAAUGUUUAUAAAAACUUUAGAAACACUGAAAAUAUAUAGUUCUUGUGCUAUUACUCUGUCAAAGUUUAGUAUACAUAAGAGUGAUCAUUAUGAGUUCAGGAUUUAUAUCAGAAGCUGAAAUUGCAGAACAGCGAAGAAUACGACAAGAAGAAUGGGAACGUGUACGAACUGCAGACCAACCAUUAGAAGCUCCAGAAGAAACAUAUGAUACAAGAUCUUUAUAUGAACGAUUACAAGAACAAAAAAAUAAAAGAGAUGCAGAAUAUGAGGAAGCACAUAAGUUGAAAAAUAUGAUAAAAGGUUUAGAUGAUGAUGAAGUAGAAUUUUUGGAUUUGGUGGAUAGAACAAAAUUAGAAGAAGAGCGUAAAAAAAAUCUUGAAGAAGAAAAAGAAAUGCGAGAUUUCAAAGCUGCUGUUGCUUCAUUACAAGAAAAAUCCUUAAAUGAAAAAUUAAAACAAGAAUUAAAAAAUCCUCAAAUUGUAAAUAAAAAUAUUUCUUCUGGAAGUCGUACUUCGCAAUUAAAAUUAUUAGCUGGUGUUGUAGUUAAACGUCCUGAAAAACAAAAAGAAGAUCUUGCACGGGGUGUUAAAAGAAAAUCAUCUGAUGAAAGCAAAGACACAUCAAAGAAAGAAGAUUGUGAACUAAAUGAACAAAUAAUAGCUGAAUGCGAACCCGCAUUCAAAACUGAUACUUUAGAACAUAAAAAUAUAACAAAUGAAAUUGGCAUGAAGUGUAUUGGAAUUUUGCCUGGCCUUGGCACUUACGAAGAUUCUAGUGAUAGUGAAUGUAGUUCAGAUACAGAUCAAGAUCCGGAACCAAAUCAUUCCAAAUACGAUCUAUUAGGUCGAAAAAUAAAAAUUUUGAAAGAUAAAGAAAAAAGCUGAAUGCAAAGUAUUUACAAUCGCCUUUUUAUUCAUAGGUAUUACAGGUGUAAAACAUAAUGGUAGCUUUGAAG